AUGUACAUUUCUUCCUAUCCUUUGAAGUUAUGUACAUUUUUCUUCAUAUCAUUGAUGUACAUUUCUUCCUAUCCUUUGAAGUUAUGUACAUUUCUUCAUAUCAUUGAUGUACAUUUCUUCCUAUCCUUUGAAGUUAUGUACAUUUUUCAUAUUACAUUUCUUCCUAUCCUUUUGAUGUACAUUUCUUCCUAUCCUUUCAUUGAUGAUUUCUUCCUAUCCUUUGUUAUUUAUGUACAUUUCUUCCUAUCAUUGAUGUACAUUUCUUCCUAUUCUUUGAAGUUAUGUACAUUUCUUCAUAUCAUUGAUGUACAUUUCUUCCUAUCCUAUCCUUUGAAGUUAUGUACAUUUCUUUUCUUCCUAUCUUUGAUUUAUGUACAUUUCUUCCUAUCUUUGAUGUACAUUUUUCUUCCUUUAUCCUUUGAAUCCUUUUGUGUACAUUUCUUCUAUCUAUCAUUGAUGUACAUUUCUUCCUAUCCUUUGAAGUUAUGUACAUUUCUUCAUAUCAUUGAUGUACAUUUCUUCCUAUUCUUUGACAGUUAUGUACAUUUCUUCCUAUCUUUGAUGUACAUUUUCUUCCUAUCCUUUGAAGUUAUUUAUGUACAUUUCUUCCUAUCUUUGAUGUACAUUUCUUCCCUAUCCUUUGAAGUACAUUUCUUUAUCAUUGAUGUACAUUUCUUCCUAUCAUUGAUGUACAUUUCUUCCUAUCCUUUGAAGUUAUGUACAUUUCUUCUUCAUUUCUUCAUUGAGUUGUACAUUUCUUCCUAUCCUUUGAAUUUCUUGUACAUUUCUUCCUAUCAUUGA